GACACUGCUGGUCAUGUUCUUGAAAAGUGGAUACUAUCCACUCGGGAGGAGGAGCCAUUGAUUCUACACCAGUUUCUCCGAUUUGGAGAAACUAAAGCCAUUGCUCAUCGUCUUCUUCUCCAAUUGAAUAAUGACAAACCUGAACAAGUGAUAAGUCUUCCAAAAACGGACUCUGAUAUCCGCAAAUUUAUUGAGAGAACUAACAUGGUGACCGGAGCAGCUGUCAUAAAACAAGAGAGCAUGCUCACGAACUCGUCUUCUGUGUCAUCUUCGUUACGUAUCCGUCGAGAUUCUUAUGGCCGCCAGCCAUCUAGCACCAGCUCCUCACAUUCCUUAUCUCCCUCUGCAGGAUCUCCCGUCAACUGCACCAGCCCUGUAACAGUCUCUCCCCUGAACAAACUCCAAAGUAUGCAACCAUGUGACUACAAACUCCAAACUAUGCAACCAUGUGACUAUCGGAGAGAGAAGAUCAGCCCAGAGUUUCAUGCUAGUGACGAAGUUAUAGGUUUUCCCCGUACGACCCCCCUGUCUUCUCCAGCUACCUCUGUUCCUUCUGUCAGUACAGUUUUUACUAACCAUACCACUACCGCCACAAUCAACUCUGAUCUCAGUAUUAGUGAUGGUGGCUCGGAGGAAGACAGUAAGACCGCUAUUAAUCUUAGUCAGAAGGGAACUCAUCAUUUUGAUUCUAUUUAUGUGGCAAAGAAAGUGAAACACUUACGGAAGUCUACAAACCCCAUGAAGAGACGCUGGAAUCCGUUUGUUUUAAGUACUCUGAACACCAAUCCUGCAACGGGAAAGAAGCGUGUCCAAUGCCACGUUUGUUUUAAAACAUUCUGUGACAAAGGUGCUCUUAAAAUACAUUUUAGUGCUGUACAUCUGAGAGAAAUGCACAAAUGUACUGUAGAAGGAUGUAAUAUGAUGUUCAGUUCGAGACGAAGUCGUAACCGUCAUAGUGCAAACCCUAACCCUAAACUUCACACACCGACAUUCAGAAGAAGGAUAAAUCCUCACGAUGGACGAUCAUCUAAUCCUUUUCUUACCCUUUCAUCAAGUGCCUUUGUGUCUUUGAAAACCAAUUUGGUACCUACCUCCAAUACCGAAGACGUAGACAGGGAUACUUCUAAGUUACAAGACAUUUCACAAGUGUCGUCUUCUGCUGCCGUUUCAAACGAUAUCUUAGUAUCGUCACAGUCUCAGGUCCAACUUUCCAAACUGAGUAACGAAGACACGGAAAAUUUACUUAUAACCAAAAAACACGGUCCUGAAGACAGUAGAAAAAACACAGAACUUAGCAACGAGGGCAUUAAUCUGUCUGUGAAAGAAAUUUCAUCAUUUUCAAGUAAAGGUGUCCGUAAAAGAAAAAGUUUGAAACCAACGAAAUGUGCUGUUACUAGUGAUGAUGAGAUGGAGUUCAUUUCAACAGAGGAAUCCUCUAGCGAUACAUUUAUGGACCAAGGCGAUGAGAAUGAAGAUAAUGAUCUUUUCGAGUCCAAAUCAGAAGAUGGAUAUUCCGACAUACAUGAUGACUCUAGAGAUGAAGAUCUGGACAAAAUUAACUUCAUGGUUGAAAACAUAAAACAGGAUACUUGUAGGCAGGAAGAGGUUCGACCUCACUCACCUGUAAAUAGUAACACCCAGGAAAAAAACAUCACCUUAGGAAAGUCUGAAUGUAAUGAGUUGAAAAAAAUCGACUGUGAAAUUAGUGAAAACCCCCUCCGCCAUCUUGAAAGCUUGUCCAUGAUCCCUUUUACCAGUAUUGUAUCAACUCCAACCCGAAGCAUUGCUAGCAAACACUUAUCUGGAAGUAUUUCGUUUCAUGCACCAGGUUUGGGCCUAGCGGCACCAAUACGAUCAGAGUCAACUUGUAGUCCCACCAACACGAUCCAUCCAGCUUCAUCCAGGAGCAUUACUCCAGGCCCACAGGGGCAAAGCUUCAACGAACAGGACUCGAACCCUGAUUGUGAUCAGCACUUUCCGCUCGUGGCAGGAUAUCGGGAUAUGGGAAGUUUAGAUGUUCCAGUAGAUAAAGAAAAUCCAAGACGUUGCGUUGCUUGUGGAAAGAUUUUUCAGAACCAUUUUGGUGUCAAAACACAUUAUCAAAAUGUUCACCUUAAAUUAAUGCAUAAAUGUACAGUGGAGGGUUGUAACGCCGCCUUUCCAUCCAAGCGAAGUCGAGACAGACAUAGUGCUAACUUAAAUCUUCAUAGAAAGCUUCUCUCAACAAACUCAGAUAAAAUUUCUCCAUUUCUGGAGAAGAACAACAUUUAUCCUUAUCACACGGGUGUUCUAAGAGAUGACUUCUUCUCUAGACUCUAUGAUCCACAGGCUUUACCUUUAAACUUCACAGAUCUCUACCCAGGAAGAAUACCAACUUGUGUUCCAGAAAGCUUGACAACUAGCCCGGCAUUUCCUAACCACCUUGGCUCGAUAGGUCAUGUUUUACCUUUUCACCCAGCAUUUAUGUCACCCGCUAAUUCUACUUCUAUUCCAGAAGGAAUGGUUGGUAUAGUUAGUAUCAACGGCCGAGAUUCUUCAGCUAACCCUCUAGUGACUUCUACGGAGUGUCCGUCAAAGACAAAAUCUCUAAAACUGAAUCAUCAAAAUAAAUCCUCAUCUGUUACAUUAGACGAAGAACUUCUUCCUGGUGCGGAAGGACAAUAUACGUGUGAGUUCUGUCAGAAGACGUUUAAUGACUGCAUUUUAAUGAAAGACCACUACGAACAGUUUCACGUGGAGGAACUCCUUCUGUGUUCUGUAGAAGGUUGUAGCAAAGUUUUCCUCACUAAAAGAGCACGGAGCUCUCACACUCACAAUGAAAGUUCUCACAAUGUAGUUCAGACAGCUACAACAAUACCUGUUUCUUAAUAUCAGUCGUCUGUAUUACCAUGUGCCAACUGAUGUCAAAGUAGUCGAAGAAAAAAGUCAUGGAAAAAAAGGAUGACACGCUCUGUCUGUUUGUUACAUAUCUAAGUCUACUAGUAACUGAUAAAGAG